AUGCCGUUUGGAAAUUCUCAUGAAUUGGUAUGCUUAAUAUCAAGAAGUGCCUUGUGGUCAUUCUUCUCUGAUAUAAAGCUCGAAAAUACGGAAAACAUUCCACCAGAAAGUCAACCGUUCAUCAUUGCAGCGACUCACCACAAUAUGAUUAUCGACCCUGCUGUUCUCUCAGUUACAUUUCCCAAUAAGAGACGACUUCAUUAUUGGGCCAAGGAUAGCAUGUUUAAAUCACCUUAUGCAGCUUCCUUUUUACAUGAUUCCGGUGUAGUACCGGUCGAUAGAACCACCAAAAAUAACUCGCAACUCUACGCUGCCACUUUCGAAGUCUUGAAGCUGGGAGAAGCUGUUGCUGUAUUUCCUGAAGGCACUUCACAUACUUUACCAAGAUUGGCCGCUUUCAAAGACGGCACGAGUUUCGCUGCUUUAGAAUACGCAAAGAUCAAUCAUGAUUUAGGUGGACAUAAACCUGCUCCUAUCGUGCCAGUGGGCAUUGUUUACCCGGAUAAGUCAAAAUAUCGAAGUGUAGUGAUUGUAAAAUUCGGAAAGCCAAUUGAGAUCGAGCCUUUACUUCCAUUGUACUUGGAGGACCCCAAAAAAGCGGCUAAACAAUUAACAAGAAUGACGGAAGAAGCCAUGGAAAGAUUAACAGUGAACGCACCUGACUGGGAUAGUAAAUAUGCAGCUGAUAUGGCCAGAUGGUUGUUAUUCCCUGGUGAAAAUGGGCUCAUGAAAGAUUACAUACCCGUCACACAAAGUUUAAUCAAUGCCAUGCAUACAUUGGCAGAAAAGGAUGUCGAAAUAGCUAAACUCGCCAAGAGUUUAGUAGUGUAUAAAUUAGAAUUGGACGCUCUCUUAUUGAAGGAUUCACAAAUCGCUAAAUACAACGAGAAAAAUAUUACUGCCUUAUCCACUACAGUGGAAUUACUACAUCGUACUCUAUCUUCACUCAUUGAUCUUCCUUUAUUCUUACCGGGUCUUGUGGCCCAUUUACCUCUCUAUGUGGCUGGCUACUUUGCAGGUAGGUUUGAAAUCUAUGAAGAAGUGAGAGCACAGAACAAGAUAUUCUUUGGUAUGGUACUUGUACCUGUCAUUUAUCUCAUUUCAUUCAUUUGGGCUUGGUUUGCCUUGUUCGGUGGCACUUUCUUUGGUUUUUUUAUCGCCUUAGCCACUUUGGGUGUAUUUGUUUGGUAUCAUGUUGUCUCUAUUGAUCAACGCUAUGAAAACUUUAAAGAUUUACAGGGUCGUUGGCGAUUAUUUGAUGCUGUCGUACUGGGUCGAGGUAUGUGGCGUCGAAAGGAACGUAUCUUGGAACUCAAGAAAUUACGAAAUGAGAAUUUGGCUCGAAUUCGAAAAAUGGUGACGACCUAUAAAUCCAGUAACGACGAUGUUCAUGUCAUAUGGUUGGCUUUACGUCAACGUGUCAGACAAUUCUCUCAAAUAUCCAAGUUACGAUCCAAAAAGAAGGCCUUGGCGAAACAAUACGAAUGGUGCUUUGAAGGAUAAAAUGUUUUAUUUAAUAAGUUUACUUAGUCUUGUUUGCUCAUCAUGAGAACAUUGUAAUAAAGUCGAUAAAAUUGGAACCAAUUGGGCUCUUGUAUUUCGUCUCUCCAGGAAUUUAAUAAUCACAUUUCGAAGAUAUUCAAUAUUAAUGAUUUCUUCUUGUACUUUAUUCACACGCCGAAUUUCCUCUCUUAGUGUCUUGUUGGCCGUUCUUAAAUGCUGUUCACGGAUCUUGAUUGUUUCCAAUUCCGUGCAUUGUUUAUUUUUCAUUUGUGUAUAUUGUUCAAACAAAAGCCCAUGUUUUUCUUGCCAUCCUAGCAACUCGGCGGUUGUUUCUUUUAAAUUCACAUUAGCUAAAAUCAAUUGUUCUCCGACUUCGCGGUGCUUGUUUUCAAGCGUGCAUAAAAUGUCGGAUAAACUAGAAUC